AUCGUCGACGGCGACUGAUUUCAUGAUAUUAUCUACGUCUAUUCUAAACUUGAUUUUAUGCUUGUUUUCUUGUACAUGGUAAUCAUUAGGUUACGGGAUUCAAUUUUUGUUUAAUGUCUGAAGAAUUCCAAAGGUUCUGUGUUAAUGCUGAGAUGAUUGUUCUUUUGUUGUUCGUGCUGAUGGCGCACACCGCUUAUGGAGACUUAAGCUAUUCUUUUCCGGAGGAGAUGAAACGCGGAUCUGUGAUUGGAAAUAUAGCAAAGGAUCUCGGACUCGAUGUGAACAGACUGUCAUCUCGUAAGGCUCGAAUUGAUACUGAAGGUAACAGAAAACGAUACUGCGACAUUAAUCUGAAUACUGGAGAACUGACCGUAGCGGAGAGAAUCGACAGAGAAGAUAUUUGUGGAAAGAAAGCUUCAUGCGUUCUUAAACAAGAGCUUGUGCUGGAAAAUCCUUUAGAGCUGCACCGCUUCGUUCUCAAUAUUGAAGACAUGAAUGAUAAUUCACCACAGUUCAAACAAAGUGUAAUAAAAUUCGAAAUACACGAAUUGGCAGGCAAAGGUUCUCGUUACUUAUUAGACGAGGCCCACGAUGCGGAUAUUGGUAUGAAUUCAGUACAAUCAUAUACACUUCAAAACAACGACCAGUUUGUUCUUAAUGUACUAACUCGUGCAAAUGGAAGAAAAUAUGGUGAGCUCCUUCUUAAUAAAGAAUUAGAUCGUGAGCAGCAGAAAGAGGUGACAUUAAUUCUUACUGCGGUAGACGGAGGGACUCCACCGAGAUCAGGUACUGUAGCCAUAUACAUCACUGUGCUGGAUGCUAAUGAUAAUGCUCCAGUCUUUAGUCAGGACAUCUAUAAAGUCAGUCUGCCUGAAAAUUCACCUGUAGAUACUGUAUUAGUGACAGUGAGCGCUACUGAUGCUGAUGAGGGACAAAAUGGAGAAGUGACAUAUGAAUUUGGUCAUUUGUCCGAGCGCCUUCUGGAAAUAUUUUCUCUCGAUUCGUUGUCUGGGCAGAUUAAACUAACAGGGCCAAUUGAUUAUGAAGAGGAAAGUUCAAUUGAGCUGCCGAUUCAAGCCAAAGACGGUCAGGGGUCAGCCAGUCAUUGCUCCGUAUUAAUAGAUAUCGUUGAUGUCAAUGAUAACGCCCCUGUAAUCGUAAUUAAUUCUCUUAACAGUCCCGUUCCUGAGAAUGCGUUACCCGGUACAGAGGUUGGCAUCAUUAAUGUGCAGGACAGAGACUCUGCCAUUCCCAGCGCGUAUCUCCCUCCAAAUUACGCAGAGGUGGAGGGCGCGGGAACUCUCCGCAGCGCUUACAAUUAUGACGCAUACCUGACCACGGGCUCGCGCACUAGUGACUUCAAGUUCAUCAGAUCUUAUAAUGAGAGCACGCUGACUGCUGACCUGACUCUGAAAAAGACUCAGUCUGCUGUGGAUGAUCUUGAAGGGCUUGAUGCGGAAAUGAGCGACUCGUUUCAGGUUCUGUUCUCGAAAAUGAUCACGUGA